GUUUCAGUUCGCAGGCAGUGGUGUUUGGCAGUUAGUCACGCGUCGGGUUCCGUGGCAGCCACACACUCACUCACUCACAAGCACACCGGUCGGUCGGUGGGUGAGCUGCGUAAUGCGUGCGGGGUGUGUUGUGUUUGUGCGCUGUGCGAGUGUAUGUGACCCACCAUGUGUUGCAGCAAAACGAGAGUUUAGUGUUUAUGUGUGUUUGUAAAAAAAACAAGAAGUAAAAAGCAAACGACCGAAAGUGGUAAUGUAAUAAAGGUGUGAAGAUUUUGUUCGGUCAAGUUCAGCACGCGUCGGUCAACCGGCUCCAAUACACACUUACACCUUUCAAAACCUGGAGGCAACCGGAAUAUAGAGCUAUGAACAAACCAUACCAAACAUCGUCGCAAUAGUGUCACAGUGCGUGCGUGCGUGUGUGUGUGCAUAUGAUAGAAUGAAGAAGAAAGCGAACAUCUUCGAGCUGCCGCCGAAGUGUCCGGCGCUGGCGAACAAGAUUACCGGCAUCUUCGGCUGGCGUCACACGUACCAGGUGCACCAGCGCCAGAAGGGCAUCCCGCACGGCAACCAGUACCUGUACAAGAGCUACUCGCUCAACCUGCCCCGGAAGGUGGGCGGCAGCUGCGAGACGCUCGACAGCGGUGGAUCCUCCGGCACGCUGGAAGCGGGCGGCAGCGGCGGCGCCCGAUCAGCAUCAUCGUCCACCCGGGGGCUGACGAGCGCCUACCGGCAGCAGCCGGCAAGCAGCAGUAGCAACAGCUGCUGCACCACCCUGGAACCGGGCACAGCAGCACCGUGUUGCGCAAAAAAUCCAGACUCCUGGGUCGUGGUGCACCAUCUUCAGUCACAGUCGGGCAUUCUCGAUCCGGAAGAUCACAUCAGCGACGUUGCGGACGAUCGGGAGGAAAUCAUCGCCAGCUAUGAGGAUGCAGCGGUCGGGCUGGAUCCGGGCGUACAGCAGGGCGGCGGAGAUGGGGCGAGCGGAAGUUCGGUCGGUACCGGUAGCCCGGACAUCUUCCAGACACCGGGCGGCGGUGGCAAGGUGCCCCCGCUCGGUGGCGGCGUUGUCGUAGGCGUCGGUGGCCCUGCACCGCUGGCCGACGGUUCCGGCGGGCCCGUUGUUGUCGUCGGAGCGGGUGGCAGUGGGGCACCGGGCAGUGGCGGCAGUGCGGCCGACAGUGUCGUGGUGACGGUGGGUGGCGGCUCCGAGUCCGGCCCGGGCGGUGGAGCGUCCUGUAUCGAGGUGUUUGCGAACGAGCCGGCACCGCUCGGGCUCGGGCUGCAGGUGCGGCGGGGCAGCGAACCGUCCCUGCACCAGAUCGGCGUGACCGAGCAGCGCAGCCCGCUGUACAAUGUGAACCCGAACGGCAACCACCAGAGCACGAGCAAGCGCUGGUCGGCGGCACCGGUUUGCCGCAGUGACAGUGAUCCACCGCCGGAUCGACUGCUGUCGCCCCAGCAGAACGGGGGUGGAGGCGGACCACCGUACCAUUACCAUCACAACCAUCACCACCACCACAACCCGCACCAUCACCAUUUGCUCGGCGAGGAGUGGAACGUGCCGGAGGAGGACAGUGGACAGCAGCAGCAGCAGCACCAGCAACAGCAGCAGCAGCAACAGCACGACAGUCUGCUGCCCCAGGCGUUCAAUCGGUCCGGCCGGCUGUCGAUGCAGUUUCUCGGCGCGGAAGCGUCGACCGGCUACCGGUGGAUGGAUGCGGCAGAGAAGGCAGCAGCGGCGGCAGCAGCAGCAACAGCAACAACGCCGUCCUCGUCAGCAUCGUCGUCGGCCGCCCACAAUCAAUCGUCCCCGGCGUACGGAUACCAGACGUACCAGAACUAUGUGCAGCAGCAGCAACAGCAGCAGCAACAGAUGCAGCAUCAUUCGUUUCACGCCGGCAGCGAGUCGGUCAUGGGCAGAGGGGGCAACAGCAGCUUCAGCUCAAAAUCGCUGCCGAGGGAGUCGACGCGCAAGGAACCGCUCGGGCAGGCGAAAACAUCCGUGUACGAUUCGAUACGGGAGAAGGAUAGUGAAAUGCUACUCGUAGUGAACGAAACGGGCGGCCCGCUAGGGCUCACGGCCAUCCCGGACAUGGAGCGGGGUGGGCUGCUGGUGCAGAGCGUGGAACCGGGCAGCCGGGCCGAACGGGGCCGGGUGCGGCGGGGCGACCGGAUCCUGGAGAUCAACAACAUCAAGCUCGUCGGACUCUCGGAAAGUUCCGUGCAGGAACAUCUUAAGAAGAGCCUCGCAUCGACGGAGCUACGAUUGCGGGUGGUACGGGGCGGCAGCAGCGGCGGUGGUGGAAGCGUCGGUGGGGGCAGCAGUGGACGUGCGGCCGGUGGCGGCGGUCGGCUGUUGAAAAGUGGCAGCGGUCCGCGCUACCCGCGGGACAACCGUGUCGGCCAGAUGAUGAUCGAGGCGGAGGAGAAGCCGACGUCGGCGGCGAAGGUGGCGACGGUUUCGCCGACCCGCAAAAUCCCGGGCGCACCCUCGACCGGCACCAGCCUGCAGGUCGCGAACACGCGCAAGCUCGGCAAGCGCAUCGAGAUCACGCUGACCAAGGGCGACCAUGGGCUCGGGUUUUCCGUGACCACGCGCGACAAUCCGGCCGGCGGCCACUGCCCGAUCUACAUCAAGAACAUACUGCCGAAGGGGGCCGCGGUAGAGGACGGACGGCUGAAGCCGGGCGACCGGCUGCUCGAGGUGGAGGGUAUCCCGAUGACGGGCAAAUCGCAGACCGAGGUCGUCUCGAUACUGCGCGGCACCCCGCACGGUGCCACGCUCAAGAUCGUGGUGUCCCGGCAGCAGGAGCUGGCGGCCGAUGUGAAGGAGCGUGAAAUAGGUUUUAGUGUAGAAAGUGAACCAAAGAAUUCGCCACCGAAACCGCCACCGCCGGUGAUGCCGAAAUCGUCCCUGAAGCAGUCGAACAGCAGCAACAGCCUGGCGUACGGGGACGGUACGGACGGGAGCCGGACCGGCGUAGGCAACUGCCGCUCCCUGCCAAAGCUAGCGGGCGGACCGGGAGCGGCGGCCGCCGGGUCGCCGAAAACGCCCUCCGUCCAGAAGAAACCGCUCGCCUCGAUACUGAAGUCGGCCUCGACGACCCACGUGGCGGAGCUGCUGCACGAGAGCGGUGGAAGUGGUCGCGGCGGUGGCAAUGUCAGCAACGGAAGUGUCGCAUCCAACGCUAGCAGUGGUGGCGGCGGCGGCAGCGAAUCGUUGGCCGGCGCUGCGUGGAAGAAUCGCGAAAUCCUGACGCUCCACAUACCGGUGCACGACACGGAGAAGGCCGGGCUGGGCGUGAGCGUGAAGGGCAAGACGGGCUCGGGCAAUGGUAGCAGCAGCAGCAGCAGCGGCACCAGCCGAACCGACGGUGAUCUCGGCAUCUUCGUGAAGAGCGUGCUGCACGGUGGGGCGGCGAGCCGCGACGGACGGCUCAAGAUGAACGAUCAGCUACUGAGCGUGAACGGCGUGUCGCUGCUGGGGCAGUCGAAUGCCGAAGCGAUGGAUACGUUGCGUCGUGCGAUGCUGCAGUCGGGUGGCAGCUAUCCGGGUAAGAUAAUACUCAAGAUAGCGCGACGCAUUGGGCGUCCGGUGAGUACCGGCGAGCUGCUCGAAACGAUGGAGCAGCGUACGGCGGCGGCGGCUGCUGCUGCUGGUAGCAGUGGGGAAGAUCAGCAGCCGGUCGGCGGUGGCAGCUCGGGCACAACCGUGAUCUACCUUAGCUCGGACAAGCAGUCGCAACAAAGCGCGACCUCGACGGGACAGCACCAAGCGGGAGGGCAACAGCAGCAGCAGCAGCAGAGCAGCAAGCGGUACAGCAAUCCCGUACUCGAUCGGCUAACCGGCGGCAGCUCGGCCAACAGCACUGGAACGCUGCACCAUACCGGCUCGCUGCCGCUCAGCGGCGGUAGUGGUGGUGGAAGCAGUGACACGCUAACCGGUGGCCAUUACAUCAGAAACAGCAGCACGAACAGCAGCACCAGCACGAUGAGCAGCCAGCAACAGCAGCAGCACCAUCAUUCGUCGAACAACAACCAAAGACAAUCGGGGCAGCGGUCGUACGGUGCACCGCCGAUGGGGCAGCCGUCGUCGGCAGCAGCAACCACGACGCCGCACGGCUUGCGCAACGAGAGCUAUUACAUGGCGACGAAGGACCACUGGAGCACGACCUCGUCCGCGACGAGCCUGAACGGCAGCAACGUGGUGCUGAUCGAGGAGGAUCCGGAACCAACCUCACCCACCUUCCACAUCACCCGCUCGCUGGAAGGGACUGCCGGUGGGCCCAGUGGCGGUGUGCUGGGCAACGGGAACACCUCCACCCCGAACGGUGCAGACGCAACGUACGCCUCCCAGCUGUCGCUCGAAACCAACCCGCCACCGUCGGACGCGUUCAGCCGGGACGCGAUCGGGCGCCGCUCGAUGUCGGAGAAGCAUCACGCCGCGAUGGACGCGCGGGAGACGGGCACCUACCAGCGCAACAAGAAGCUGCGCGAGAAGCGCGACCGGGACAGCAAGCUGCUGAUGAGUGGGUCGGGCACGAGCGGUGCCGGCGGUUCGCUCGAGUCGAUCGAUCUGCACCACAUGGCGCGAAUGAACAGCCUGAAGCAGCAGCAGCACCACCACCACCAGCAGCACCACGGUGAGGGCAAAACGACGACGGCUGCCCUAGCGGCCCAUCUGCUGCGGGCCGAGGCGCAGGACCAGCUGGGCGAUCUUGGCCCGUCGCUCGGGAUGAAGAAAUCCUCCAGCCUGGAGUCGCUGCAGACGAUGGUGCAGGAGAUACAGAUGGCGGACGAGCCGCGCGGACCGAACGCAUUGCGCACACCGCGUGGCCGCGGUCGGGAGGAGAUCCUACGGGCCGUGGUGGAACAACCGGCGGAAACGCAAGCGAAAAAGCACUGGCUGCUCGAGGACGGCCCAGCUGGCGGCGGCGCACCCGGCGAGUUCCCAGACGGUGGGUUCGUCUCGCGCAACAGCCCCUUCCAGUCGUCGCUGAACGAUGGCAAAGGGGGCGCGAAGCUGCGGGCGAAGAAGAGUGGCGGGCUGCUGCGCGGCAUCGGGCACAUGUUCCGGUUCGGCAAGCACCGCAAGGACGUGAUCGUGCCGACCGGUACGAUCACCUCGACCGCACCGGGCGAGCCGGCCAUCGACUACACCGGCCCGUCGACGCUGCUGCCUCCAGCCCCACCACCAGCCAGUGGAGGUAUGGCGGACAGUGGUGGUGGGGGACAGAAGAGUAGUAGUGGUGGUGGAGGCAACAGCAAUACCAUCUCGAAGCGAGCCGCCGCCGCACUGAACAGCAGCGGGGGCAACAGCAGCAGUGCGACGUCCGCCGCCGCCGCUGCCGCCUCCCGGUACGUCGUGUACGAUCCGAGCUCGGUCGAGCGGUCCGCCUCGUCCGGUGUCGUCUACGGCCACAGCCAACCGCCCCACUACCAGCCGCCGCCCCCACCCCCACCGGCCUCUGGUGGGCCGCCCGGCACCUCGAUACACCACACGGACGUGUUUAACCAUCGCUACUCGCACUACGUCAACUACGAGGAGCUGCAGCAGCAGAUAAGCCGACGCCAUCAUCUGUAUCACUCGCAACGCUCCGCUCGCAACACACCGCCCAUGAUGGAUAUGGGCCUUUCCGCCUCGAUCGCUCAGCAACAGCAGCAACAGCAACAGCAGCAGCAACAGCAACAGCAGCAAAAGCAUCUACAUUCCUCCUCCACCCUGUCCAGCCAGCAGGGCAAAUACAAAAGCAGCCGGCCCGUCUCGAGCUACCACGACGGCGGUGGCUACGAAACGAUCUCCACCACCGGGCCACCAUCGUCGUCGUCGUCGUCGGUCCAUCACCGCAAGGAACCGUCCACUAGCAGCAGCGGGGGUGGAGGCGCCGGUCCGACGAACGAGGACAGCGGUACGAACGGCGGCGAGUGGCACAGCCAUCCGGGCGCGACCGGUGCGGGCGGCUCGAUACGCAACAUGCGUGGCCCGUUCGUGACGCAAGUGAAAAUUCAAAAUCAACUGUCAUACCAAUAGAUUAACACACACACAGGAUGCGUGCAGAAGAGAGGCAUGAGAGGGGACACUGAGGAGAGAGGGUUAAGGAAGAAGAACCGUGGUGUAAUUUCACUUUAUUGUGGGGAGCGCAAGAUGGAGCUGGACCGGUAAAGGUGUUUGAAGUCUUAGCGGCGAUUCACACGCGAGCCAGGAGCAACGAGACCCCCCAUCCCCUCCCGUGCUGCAUGAAAAUGGAGGCUCUGAAAUUUAAGAUCACACGCUUCAGCAUCUCACCCUUUCUUUAGCUUGUAGAGAUUUUUAGUAACUUAUGUGUAUGGUAAUUUGAUAACAUCAUUAUGAAGACGGUUUUCGCCCAAGAAUCGUACGGAAAAGGCACACCGAUCAAGAGGGCCACUACCCUUAAAAGAGGUGUGGGGGGGGGGGGGUUGUUGUUUGCUCCAGUGUGAAUCAACCGCAUCUCCUUACUCAUGGCAGGCGGAGGCGGAAAAUUUAAAGGCACGAUUUUUACAUGCCCAAAUCAUAUAAAGAAACGCAAACUAAAAAAUGUUUCCCUUUAUCUCACUUACAAACAUUUUCUAUGUUUUAAAAUAACGUAUCGGUACUAGAUAUUUUAAUGUCGCGAAAACUUUAGGAAAUCAACUAAGAGGGGGGAAGCGAAAAGAGAAAAAAAACAAGAACUAAAACUAGAGGCGCGCGCAGACGGCGAAAAGAAAACUGUGAAAUUGUGUGAUCUUUCUCCCAUCCCCCGGCAAUUUUGUUCAUCAAUCAAUAGCCGGCAUCGCGAAUAAAUGAACUCUUUUUAACAGUCGUUUAAAGUUCAUUUUGGUUUAACCGAGUUCAUUUGAUUUUUCAUUCCUGUUAAAAUAAACGACCGUCAAAACAGUUAACGACUGCUCGAUAUCGCAUAUAGGCAAACACGGGGAAAAGCAUCGAGCAGUAUAAUUAAACGACUGUUAAUUUGUAUCGCAUACGCUCUUGACAGUCGUUUGUUUAACGGCGGCAUAGGACCAGUCGUUAAAAUUAACAAAUGAACUCAAUGCGUUCGCGAUGCCAAAUUCUAGCAAUUUUAAACGACUCUGGUUAAUUUUUAACGACUGUUAAUUUUAAACCAAUUCUUUCGCGAUGCCAGCUAAUGUUAAUCGUCGUCCGUCAGGCGGGAGCGGCCUAUGUUGGAAGGGGCAACCAAAACUGGCUUAACAAACACACUCGACUCGCACCGAAGAUGAUGGCAAUAAUCCGAGCUGCAUUACCUAUCUCCCCCCGUGUCUAGUUUUAGGGAGACAGAGUGGGUGGGGUUUAGAGCCUUCGAAAUGUGUAAAUUUGUCCAAACAAUCUUCAGGCGAGUUCUUUUUUUUAGGAAGAAGAAAAGUUUAUGUUUGUCCCUUUUUUUUAGCAAGGCUGUUACCUAGGAUUUAAAGAAGGAUUUAAAUUGUUUAAAUUAAGGAGCUGUUUUGAAAACCGAUUAAGAAAGGCAAACUAAGACGAUCUUCGGGGGCACGCAUUAAUGCACUCUGUGGUAUGCGGACGGGCCAAGCACCCUUUUUUGUUGUUGCUGCUGCUACGGUAAAUCCCUACGGUAUGGCUCGUUGAAGCGUCACGCUUUGGUUAGCUUUCUUUACGGCUGAAUCUUAUGUGUCUUAUUAACUAUUAAUACAUCUUCAACAUUGUUAGAUGUAGCCUUGGGUGGUAAGCUCCCCCCCUCCCCCCC